AUGCAACCCCCAUCAACAUCGCAGUUAUACAAACUAGUCAGCCAUCCCGGCGACCCAGCCUUCAGACUCCAAUCCACAUCAACAGACCUCAUCCUCCGUCUCCCAACAAUCACCGAAAUUUCAAUUCUAGUCGAUAUUUUAGAAAACAAAGAAAAUUCGAAAUUCGACAAGUCCAUCUCCGAGGCCACGUCCGAAGAGCUGGAAACUAUUGCCUGGCGGUGGACAACCAUCUCACGGCCUCUAACUCACCUCAACUUCCUGAUCUGGCACCACAAGAAUCCCAUCGGAAUUGCGGGGCUGGGUUGGAUAGGGGCCUGUGAUGCAAACGAUGGAUCCCGAGCUGGCGCGGCCGGCGUCCUGAUUCAGCCUUUUGCGAGAGGGAAGGGGCAUGCGUACGAGGCUCUUAGGAUGGUGGUUGAUUAUGGGCUACGUGAGCUAGGGCUUAUGGAGAUUAGAAUCGCCAGUCAUUCUGGGAAUGUUCCUAUGAAAAUGUUGAUGGAGAGAAAGCUCGGGUUGAGGCCUGAGGUGCGUGAGGACGGCGUUGAUCAGUUCGGGAAUGAUCUUUUGUGGAUUGUAAGGAAAGAGACAUAUAUCGCUUGA